AUGCCCAACGUGCUGGUCAUAUCGAACCGUCUGCCGGUGACCAUUUCCCGCGAGGAAGAUGGCACCUACAAGUACACAAUGAGCUCAGGGGGCCUGGUAACAGCGCUGUCGGGCCUCAAGCAGUCGACGACCUUCCAAUGGUUUGGGUGGCCCGGAUUGGAGAUCCCCGAAAAAGACAAGCCGCGACUCAUCAAUGACCUUGAGACCAUGUUCUCGUGCGUGCCCGUGUUCAUGGACGACGAUCUCGCCGACCUCCAUUACAAUGGCUUCUCCAACUCCAUUCUGUGGCCCUUGUUCCACUACCAUCCCGGAGAAAUGAAUUUCGACCAGGUGGCGUGGGAAGCUUACACACAGGCCAACCGGCUAUUUGCCAAAAAGGUGGCAUCAAUCGUCAAACCCGGCGACAUUGUGUGGGUCCACGACUACCACCUCAUGUUGCUACCCGAGAUGCUGCGUGAAGAGUGCGAGAACAACAGCGCUCUCGACGGCCUGAAGAUUGGAUUCUUCCUGCACACGCCAUUCCCAUCUUCGGAAAUCUACAGAAUUUUGCCCGUCCGAAAGGAGGUGCUGACAGGUGUGCUGUCGUGCAACCUCAUUGGCUUCCACACCUACGACUACGCUCGCCACUUUCUGUCGUCCGUCUCUCGAAUCCUGGAUCUAGAAACCAUGCCCAACGGAACGUAUUACAAGGGGCGUCAUGUCGUGGUAGGUGCGUUUCCUAUCGGUAUUGAUGUCAACAAGUUUCUCGAAGGAUGCAAACGACCAGCUGUUCAGGAACGAAUCGCACAGCUCCAGGAUAAGUUUAAGGGCAUCAAGGUGGUUGUGGGUGUCGACAGAUUGGAUUACAUCAAGGGUGUGCCCCAGAAACUUCACGCCUUUGAGGUCUUCCUGUCAGAACACCCCGAAUGGAUCGGCAAGGUCGUGCUGGUGCAGGUCGCAGUGCCUUCCCGAGGACUAGUGGAAGAGUAUCAGAACCUGAGAGCAGUGGUGAAUGAGCUGGUCGGACGUAUCAACGGUAUGUUUGGUACUGUCGAGUUUACGCCCAUCCAUUUCAUGCACCGAUCGGUGGACUUCAACGAGCUGAUUGCUCUCUACUCGAUAUCAGAUGUGUGUUUCGUGUCGUCUACGCGAGACGGAAUGAACCUAGUGUCGUAUGAGUAUGUUGCUUGUCAAACUGAGAAGCACGGAUCGCUGAUCUUGUCUGAAUUCACAGGUGCAGCUCAGAGUCUCAACGGAGCCCUGAUUGUCAACCCAUGGAACACCGAAGACAUGGCCGAGGCUCUGUACGACUCUCUGACUUUUUCGCCCGAGAAGAAGGCUGAGAACCACCGCAAGCUGUUCAAGUACGUUAGUAAGUACACCUCUCAGCAUUGGGGCGAGGCCUUUGUCUCCGAGUUGAAGCGGUGUUGA